CUCGCGGGGCUGCAGUGCGGACAAACAGCAGCUCCGCUCAGCCCCGUUUCACCUGCUACUGGCCCAUCAUCCUCGAGCCACGGAGCCGAACCGUGUUACCGGACUGUGACACCGGAGCAGCCCAACCACGAACCACGGACGCACGGACACGGACCAGGAGUGGGGCCCGGAGCGCACUGUCACAGGGAGAGGCGCGCGCUCCGUGGGCUUGUUUUCUCCUCGGGGUACAGCGCGUUGUGGGACGGGGGCCACGGGGCGGGAUCGUGGUCUCGCGGACUCGGACCGGGUGUGAUCCGGACUCGGGCCCCGCGCGAGGCCCCGCACGAGCGCAGGAACAGUGGGGUUUUUGGACCAGAGCGCUGUGUGCCGGAGCCGAGUGCCAGAUGAGGAUCACCAAAAGGCGGAAAGGGAGCGGACGGUGCGCCAGAUAAAUGGCUCGUUUAAGCUGGGAGCUGCUCGUGUGCUGUCCGGGUGGCAGAUGCAGUGCCUAGUGCCCGGUCUCCAGGACAACAACAACAUGAACGGCAGCGGCUCUGAGCAGGCCGACAUCCUGCCCCCCAAUUGCAUGGUCAAGGACCGAUGGAAAGUGCUGAAGAAGAUUGGCGGUGGUGGGUUCGGGGAGAUCUACGAGGCGCUAGACCUUCUGACCAGAGAGAAUGUUGCUCUGAAGGUGGAGUCGGCGCAGCAGCCCAAACAGGUGCUGAAGAUGGAGGUGGCUGUGCUCAAGAAACUGCAGGGUAAAAACCACGUGUGCAAGUUUAUUGGCUGUGGACGAAAUGACAAGUUCAACUACGUGGUGAUGCAGCUGCAGGGCCGUAACCUGGCUGACCUACGGCGUUCUCAGCCUCGCGGUACCUUCACCAUGAGCACAACACUGAGGCUCGGCAAACAGAUCCUGGAGUCCAUCGAGGCCAUUCACUCUGUGGGCUUCCUGCACCGAGACAUCAAACCGUCGAACUUCGCGAUGGGACGUCUGCCCUCCACCUACAGGAAAUGCUACAUGCUGGACUUUGGUUUGGCCCGACAGUACACCAAUACCACUGGGGAAGUCCGACCGUUUGUGUUGUUUUUGUUUUCUUACAGUUGCUUUGGAGUUAUGAUUUUGACGUGCAUGCCUCCGUUUCUCCAUCGUCUCCUUGGGGUCCGGGAUCCACGGACAGUGGCCGGCUUCAGGGGAACGGUACGAUAUGCUUCAGUCAACGCUCACAAAAACAAGGAAAUGGGUCGGCACGAUGACCUGUGGUCCCUGUUCUACAUGCUGGUGGAGUUCGCAGUGGGACAGUUACCAUGGAGAAAAAUCAAAGACAAGGAGCAAGUUGGACAGAUAAAGGAGCGCUAUGACCACAGGAUGCUGCUCAAACACAUGCCUUCGGAGUUUAACGUCUUCCUGGACCAUGUUCAGGCUCUGGACUACUUCACCAAACCAGACUACCAGCUGCUAAUGUCGGUGUUUGAGAACAGCAUGAAGGAGCGAAUCAUUACAGAGAACGAGCCUUUCGACUGGGAGAAAGGAGGGAGCGACGCCACCAUGUCGACCAGUGCCUCCACACAGCCCCAGCAGAACACCAGGCCCACAGCAGCUAUGGUCGGAGCGAUUGUCACUCCGGUUCCUGGAGACCUUCAGCGAGAGAACACAGAUGAUGUUCUUCAGGAUGAACACCUGAGCGACCAGGAGAAUGCCCCCCCGCCUCCACCUGCACGUCUUCAUGGUGACGGGCAGCAUCCCGACUCUCGCCUCCACGGUGACGCACAACUGGCUGAUGGUGGUGAGGGAUGGGAGGACACAGACUUUAACCGCAACCGGCUCCGAAUCAGCCUUAACAAGGGAGGACCAGAAGAGGACCCAGGACCGGUCCGAGCUCCAGAGUCUCCGAGUGGUCAAGGCAGGUCUCUGCGCUACCGUCGAGUCAACAGCCCCGAGUCCGACCGCCUGUCUGCGGCAGAGGGGCGCGCUGAUGGAUACGGACAGAGGUCACGUAUGGACAUGUUAGGCUCUCCGUCACGGCACGUUUACUCGUCGCAGCCGGCACAGAUGCUGUCCAUCGAUCCUGGUUGCCGCGGAGACCGACAGGCGAGCGGUCGGCAGGAGAUUUCUGUGGCAUCAGUCGACCAGGAGGCCCAUAGCAACGCUUUCAUCCGCUCUGUCCCACUGGCUGAGGAGGAGGACUUCGACAGCAAAGAGUGGGUGAUCAUCGACAAAGAGACGGAGCUCAGAGACUUCCAGCCCACCACCUCCGGCACCACUGACGAAGAGCCAGAAGAACUGCGCCCCCUGGAGGAGACGGAGGAGAGACGCAGGCUCCGGGCCGCAGGUGAGCUGGUGGUGCGACCCAAAACCCACACGAGGGACAGCAGCCGUGGGAUGUUAACACUAACGGAGGAGGAAGCAUCGCGGAAGAGUACAGGAAGUCCAGCCCAGUCACCCUGUCACUCGCUGCCUUCGGGUCGGCCGCGGCGGAGAGAGUCUGAGCCCACUGGACCACAGCGACCGGUGGUGAUACAGUCUUCCACAGAGAAGACCCCCUCGCCGACAUCACCAGACUAUCGAACCAAAGGUGCUGACGAUGAGAAGCAGCACUUCCACAUCCUGCCUCAGCUCCAGGCCAAACGCGCAGACUUCCUCACUGUGGUGCUCACUGGAACAUUACCACCACGUCGCAGUUUCGCCACUCCCGAAGACGUCCCUGAGCCUCCAGGACCACGUGACGAUGACGUGACCAAGAGCGAGUCCAACAGCGAGGCCAGUCAGAAGAGCACAGAGAGGAGCCAGGAGGCUGCUCACUCAACACUUAUGGCAGAAGACCAGAAGGGACCCAAGGUUUCAGGUGCGGAGAAUGACCAAGAUCUGGAGGAUGCUUCCAAAACGCUGGUGUUAUUUUCCCCAGGAGACACACGGAAGACUCCAUCAGGCGGAGACACUGGUCUGGAACCGGAGCUGGCCACUGCCUGUGCUCUCACUCCCCGAAAUGAGCGCCCAAUGAUGGGGGAGGCACUGCAGCUUGAGCCUCCUGACACUGGACGGCUCUCCCCAGCUCUGAGGUCCGACCUGCGGCCCUCCACGCCCAUAGCUCCGGCCUCUCCACCCUUCACCAAAGUGGAGCGAACAUUCAUCCACAUCGCUGAGACGUCACACCUCAAUGUUAUGUCUUCCAACGGGCAUUCGGCCAAAGACACAGAGGUCAUUCUGAACCAAGCGGGAGUUGAGGAGCGGCCCAAGUUGGACACGAGUCUAGAGGCGAUUCCAUCAGAAAAUGGGCCGGCCUUGGAGGUCCAAGCUGUAACACCUGUGCAGGAGCUAACACAGACACAAGAAUCGGCAGAGUUAGAGGAUGCAACGUCUCGCCCCUCAGAGCAGCCAGCUGCGGUUAUACAGAGGGCAGAGGACAGACCCAAACUCCGGAGCAGGAUCCCAGUGCUCGUCUCAGAGGAGGACUCUGGCUCAGAGCGCUCCUCUUCGGUGUCAGCCCGGGCGCGUUUCCAGAGGGCUCGGCACAUGGGGCUGGCCCGGUUGGUGGUGGAGCAGCAGGGCCGAUGGGUGGGACGCAGGAGGGGGCUCUCAGGGACCUCAUCUUCACUGUCCUCAGGCGACGAAGAAAAGCGUAACACCGCAUCAGAGGACGACCACAGCAGAGAAUACACGUCAGAUGAAUCCAAGAGGAGCUCCAGGCUGAGGACCACAGAGGAGCAGGGGUCCAGAGAAGGCCGGAGCAGGAUUCCACGGCCACUUACCCCAAUCAGGAAGCCUGUGGUUGGGCUGACUACUGCAGCCAAUCCCCCUCACACAGAAGCAAGUGGAACCAAAGUUACCAGUGGGUCUCAGAGAGUACCCCUGACCCCAUUAAGCUCUCAACGUAAAUCCAGUAAAGGUGUUCCUGCACGCUCCUCAUCUAGCUCUGCCCCUCGCUCCGGUGCAGUUUUGUCCAGCAGCACCCGGAUGCCUCUCCGCCCCCUCAGCUCCACCCACAGCCGCUUAGACAGCCCAAGCCCGUCGCCUCACAGACCCUCCAGGCAGCCCACGAUGCCUGUAAUCCAACCCAAGAACCAGGCUCUGAACAUGGGCAUGAGGCGCAGCGCUUCCCAGGACACCUCCACAUCCCGCCCACGGCCCAAAGCAGCAUCGGCCAGCCCCAAAGUCAAACCACAGCCCAGGGAGAGGUCCACGCCUGCCAGAUAAUACCCACACCUGUCAGAGCUCUCACACAGUAUGGAAAACCUGGAGUAUAAACCAGGAAAAGCUAUGUAGGGUCUGAUGUGUCACCAGAGUUAUUUAUGUUUGUUUAAUGAUUGAUACUUUGCACUUAAAAUGACCACAGCUGAGCUGAUUUGUACUGUUACACAAAUCUCUAAAAUAGCAUUAAAUUCACAAAAUAACUAGCAUUAGCCAACAGUUUUUCUGUUAGUCAUUCUCACCUUUUGGUUCACAAUCAAUGUUGUUUAAAUUCAUUUCAUAAUUUUUCUUGAGUUUUCAGGCCAUCUUGAAACUUUUUGGCAUAGAUAUACAUGUACUACACCCCCAAUGUGAUGUCACUGCAAAGUAUCAAUAGGGAUGUAACGGUGCUAAAACAGAUAAACAGUAGAGGUUAUUAUCAACAUUCAGAAUUUUUAGAACUUUAUGUGUCAGUGGUAGUAAAAAGCUUCUAUAAAAGCACAAAACACAUCUAAAAUGUGAAAGAACUGCUACGGUCUGAUAACAAAUAUAAGACAACUAUAACUCUGAGAUACGCACGCACACGCGCACACACGCACGCAAUUGCUGCAUCUUAACAGUGAUUGUUUUUAAGCCCCUUUUAAGCUGUCUCCACUCUUCACUCUAACUAAAUGUGUAAACCAAAUAUUUUUGCAAGACAUAGGACCUAUCAGUAAUUCCAUUACAAACAGGCAUCUCCAAUCUAUUUUCACACCGUUGCAUCCCUGCAUUUUUUUGUAUACUUUUACUUUUUAUAUUAAUAUUGACUGUGAGAAACUCCUGAGAACCCUCUCCAAAGCUGCAGGAUCGGGUCUUUCCUGGAUGGUGAAUAAUCCGUCUGAGGGCAAAACCUCAAACCUCAUUGUUUCAGGCCGGCCACGUUCCUUCUUCAAUCAUUAAAGGACCUCUCAGUCUGCAACCACGUGACACAUUUGCAUUUAACAGCAUUGUAGAAUGGAGUAUCAGUGUCAAUUAUUGUAUUUUGUUUCCUUGUCGAGAAAUGUGUCUGGCUCAAGGCUAGGCCUGAGAUAAACCGGGAUCAAACCACAAACCUUCAGCUUAGUGGUUGAAUAUUUACCUUCUAGACUUAAGAAAAUAUCAACUGUUUACAAGUUUUCUUCAAUGAUUUGACAAUGACAAUGUUGGUGAAAAUCUCUACCAAGUUAUUUCAAGAUAAAGGUACACUAUGUAUCUUUUCUGCUGCACCACCUGCUCGUCUGGAGCUGUUAUUGCUUUGCCUGGAAUGUUCCACAGUUUUCUUCCCCACGAUGACAAGCAGGUGAUGCCACAACCAAGAUAAAGGUAAAAGUUAUUUAUUCAGUCUUAUAUAGUCUUUAGUAAUGCCAUAAUGUGGAACAUUCAAGGCAAAGAGAUAACAUCUCCAUGGAGACAGGCAGGAAGCAGACCCUCCACCAGAAAAGUGUGCAGUGCAGCUUGACUGAAAAAUGCAUUUAAAAUCCUAAAAUACCUUUAGUACAUGGUUUCUUAUGGGUCUGGACAAUUUCUUGUAUGUUGCUGUUUUAAAUGUAAAUGUGCUACUGUGGGCGAGGCUCUCUUUUCCCACAGACAGUGAACGUCUUGUGUGGGCUUCCUGUGCUCUGUGCCCUGGUGCUAGCUGCUGCCUCCGACCCUGGUCUAAUAAACUCUGGAAAUGAAACCCAAAUUCUGUUUACAGCGUCUGAGCAAAAACUGACUUAAGCGAUGGACAAAGGGACGACGCUGCAAAAAACUGACGCCAAAAUAUACAAACUUUAAACAGCAGGGUCAUUGCACUCCCCUCCUCUAGCUGGCGCUGUCUGGCUUCUCUCAGCUGCAGAAGGAGCAUACUGUUUAUCUGAUAGUGGUAUUUUACAUUGCAAUCUUCUGGACACUGGGGGUCACUACUCACAUUAAGUUUACAUCUCAUGGUGAAAAAUUGAAACAUUUCAUUCUAAUCCAAAUGAUGGAUGGUUCCAAAGGGCAGGUGUGUGCAUGUGAAGCUUAAAACCAUAGCUGCUUUCUGCAGAAUUAAUGUUUUUUUGUUGUUUUUUAAUUGUAUAGAUGACAAAUGAGCUCAUUCAUUUCACACAUGUCACUGAAAAAAACAAAUCUGAUGGGGCAGUCAUGUUUCAGUUCUGGCUUGAGGCCCAACUGAGACCAUGGAGAUCAGACUGCUAUCUCUCUGUUUAAAAUAUAGACAAAGAGAUAUCAUCAUUUAGAUUCAGAUACACGUGUUUUCAGGUGUGCACAAUAUCUUAAGCACGAUUCAGUGGACCACCCUCACACAGCCAACAUGCCCUCAUUCAAAAUGGAACUUAGCCGUGUGUCAGGCUAUUUCAUGGGGCUUGUGAUUAAUAAAUAAAUGUUUCAUAAUUAGAUGCAGACAGGGCACAGCAGUUUGAUAAAAAAAAAAAAAAAAAGUGCUCAGGUAUUCCAGCUUACCAUCAGUCUGUGUUAAACUUGGACCAAACACCUAAGCUCCACCCACCUCCAUCUUUCAAGUAGAGCUGCUAAACUGAGCAGUGCCUGGAGGAACUAAAGAAGAGAGUGAGGGGGAAGUGGGGCGGGUCUGGAGAGAUAAAGAACAGUGUGAUUGGUCACACUGGUAAACUUCAAACUCUGCCUCUGCAGCCACGUGUUUGUAAUCAAACACCGGGCUGUCCUGUGUGAUGAUACCAAGCACUUACAUGUGCUGUGGCCACUGAAGCUAAGACACUUUUUUUUUUUUUACAUUUUUGACAAGAAAGCUGCAAAUAUACCUACUUGGCACUUGGCACUAGAAACAGUAGACAAUACUAAAUAACACCAUAUCCACAUUAUUUUAAAAAAAUUUAAUAAAAUAAAUAGUUUUUAGUUCUGCUACACCAAAAUGGAGAAGAUGCUGGUGAAGAGCUUGUAUUUUGACAUUUCUUACUCAUAUUCCAUUUCACUAAAUCAGUGCAUUUGCAUUAUCUGACUUCUUAAAUUUAAAAUUAUAUUGUUACAUUUUUAAACCCUGGAUAUAAAAACUCAAUGUUUUUGUCCGUUUUGUUUUGUUUUUUGCUUUGUUUUUUGAGAUUUUAGACUUACAAAUUCCGAUAGUUCUCUUCUAUCAGAUGGACAAAAGGCAAUCAAAAAUUCAUAAUUUUAUGGAAGAAAAAGAAAUGGUUAUGUGGUUUAUUUUGUAACUGUCUGUCAGACAGUCAUAAAAUUUGUAUUAUUUGUGCAGACAAUCAAACUAAGGUUAAACCUGAAUAUUUUAUUUUUCAAACUCUUGUCCAACUUACAGCAAAUGCACACAUUUAUUUGAGAUUUAAUGAGGGAGAACAAAUAACCUAUAUCUGACCGAGGACCUUGUUUUGAGGGGAGAGCUAACCACUCUGCCACUGUGCCAUUCAGCUCCAAAGGCUGAGGUUCUCAUUUCAUCACAGGGUUUUUGUUUUUCAGGGUUGUUUUGGUCAUGUUUUGUCAUGAUCAUGGAAGUAUAAUAAUAUAGUUCUUAUUAUAGAUCCACGGUCAUGACUGAUGUUUUGCAAAAAUACCAGUGAGGACAGCGCCCCCUACCUGCCCUCCUCUGGACCAUAUGCUCUGGACACAGCCUCCUGCCUGGGCCGUACAGUAAUGCAUGAAGAAGAGUCCCACGUUUAUCUGCAGAGCUACAGCUGUGCAAGGGAUGUGCGACCGCAACCGUGCCCCCUAGUGGGCACAGUGGGUCUGCCUGAUUCCCCCUUUGAAAAUAUUCUCUUGUGCUUCUGAUGGAAACCACUCCUCACUCUGGGCAUGCGGUAACCAUGGUAACUGUGUUUAAACUGUAUAUACUGUACACAUUUACCAUAAGGACCUGUGUGAAUGAAAGACACUGAGCUGUGGAAUAAAGUCAUGGUAAUGUC